AUGUAUCUACUUUUGUACGUUGAUGAUCUCAUCCUCACUGGCAAUCGUGAUUAUGUGCUACGUUCCUUCAUCUCUCGUUUACAUUCUGAAUUUUCCUUCAGGGAUUUGGGAGAUCUAAAUUACUUUCUCGGCCUUCAAGUUACCCGUUCGGACGAUGAACUGUUCCUAUCUCAAUCCAAAUAUGCAAUAGAGAUUCUUAAACGAGUUGAUCUUUUAGACUCCAAACCAGUUCAUACACCUUUAGCAGCGAAUGAGUCUUUCACCUCUCUUGGUGACCCAUGUCAGGACAUUACUAAGUACCGGUCUCUCGUGAGGGAACUUCAGUAUUUGACCAUCACUCAUCCUGAUAUCUCAUAUGCUGUUAAUCAAGCCAGUCAGUUCCUGCAGGCUCCUACAGUCCAUCAUAUGAAGCUUGUUAAACGGAUCCUUCGAUAUGUCAAAGGCACUUUAGCGUUUGGUCUUACCUUUUCUCGUCCUACUCAUACAUCAAUUUUGGGCUACUUGUAUGCGGAUUGGGCUCGGUGUUAG